UCCAACAAAGUUUACGGCACUCAUCUACAAGUGCAGAUAAGGUAAACUGACUUUUGAAUAAUAUUACCCACUUUAUAUAUUUUUGGUGUGUGCAGGAAUGCAGGCUCAGUAGCGCAAGGAGUAAAUUCCCUUCCAAAUGCACCUGAACGCGCCUUGUACCUGAUCCGGCAACAAGGGAUGCGAAAGAAGCCGAUUAAAAAAGCCGUCGUACCUGUAGCCCGAGUUUCGACGGCUUCUCCCGUUCGCUGCACCAUUACCUGCGCAGACUUGAAAGUCCAGUUUCACAAGGAAGAACAAGAAAGGGAGAAGGAGAGCUCGUCGGAACAAAUAUGUCACAAGAGACCGACAACAAGCGACCUGUGGUGGUGGUUCCCGGCGAGACGUCCUUCCAUACGCGGAGGGCCUACACCAGCGAGGAUGAGGCCUGGAAGUCCUAUCUGGAGAACCCGCUGACGGCCGCCACCAAGGCCAUGAUGAGCAUCAAUGGGGAUGAGGACAGCGCUGCCGCCCUGGGGCUGCUCUAUGACUACUACAAGGUUCCCAAAGAAAAGAGGCUGCCGAUCGCUAAAGUAGUUGAAAUUCCAGAAGACCAGGAAAAACGGAACGUUUCCGUGGACGGUGACACUCAGGGGGCUACGGGAACCACGGGCAACCGCGUCCAGGUGCUGAAAUCCGUUCCCGUCAACCUGUCCCUGAGCGCGGAGACGUCCGAGGCAAAGCGGGAGCCGUACGGCGUGGAGGGUGGAGCCGUGGUGACUGUGAAGGCAGAGACAUACACCCAACCUUUCAUGGCCCCUGGGAGUCAUUACAAGGUGGAGGGGCAGGAGGUGGUUCGGGCAACCUAUGAGCAGAGCCCCUACAGUGCGCCCUCUGUGGAACAUGCCGUAUUCAUUAAAGAUGACCAGCGCAGCACCCCAGACAGCAGCUACGAGGACUCCUUCCCAGAGGACCAUGAGAAAUACCACACAUCUUCAUCUUUGGGGCCCGAAGACUUUAUCUAUGACCAGCAACCGCUUGGAACCUUCCAGUACACCCUGGAAGCCACCAAGUCCCUGCGUCAGAAGCAGGGGGAGGGGCCCAUGACCUACCUGAAUAAGGGCCAGUUUUAUGCAGUGACCCUCAGUGAAACUGGGGCCAACAAGUGUCUCCGCCAUCCCAUCAGCAAAGUGAGGAGCGUAAUCAUGGUCGUGUUCAGUGAGGACAAGAACCGGGAUGAGCAACUCAAGUACUGGAAGUACUGGCAUUCACGGCAGCACACGGCCAAGCAGAGGGUCUUGGACAUUGCUGACUACAAAGAGAGCUUCAACACCAUCGGGAACAUUGAGGAAAUUGCGUACAAUGCCGUUUCCUUCACCUGGGACGUCAAUGAGGAGGCGAAGAUCUUCAUCACGGUCAAUUGCCUGAGCACAGACUUCUCCUCCCAGAAGGGCGUGAAAGGGCUUCCCCUGAUGAUCCAGAUCGACACCUAUAGCUACAACAACCGCAGCAACAGGCCCAUCCACCGGGCCUACUCGCAGAUCAAAGUGUUCUGUGACAAGGGAGCUGAGCGGAAGAUCCGGGAUGAGGAGAGGAAACAGAACCGUAAGAAGACUAAAGGUCAGGCAUGCAGCACUCAGACCAAUAACGGGAAGGAUGCCAACCUGGCAGCGUUAUCCCCGUCCAAGAAGGCCGACAUCACUUACUUCAAAUCCAUGUCCAACCUGGAUUCCCAACCCGUCCUCUUCAUUCCCGAUGUCCAUUUUGGAAACCUUCAAAGAGCAGGGCAGGUCUUCGCAUUCAGCACAGAAGACAUCGAUAGGGAAGGGAGCAUCCUGGUCAAGAGGAUGUUCAGAGGGCCUGAGGACGACUAUUGCCCCCCUCCUGCCAAGCUGUCCAAGGAGGAGACGCAGAAGCGAGUUCUUCUCUAUGUGAGGAAGGAGUCUGACGAGGUGUUCGAUGCACUCAUGCUGAAGACCCCGACUUUGAAGGGACUGAUGGAGGCAAUAUCAGAAAAAUAUGGUCUGCCGAUAGAGAAGAUGGCUAAAAUAUACAAGAAAAGCAAAAAAGGAAUCCUGGUCAACAUGGAUGACAACAUCAUUGAGCAUUACUCGAAUGAGGACACCUUCAUCCUGGGCAUCGAUGGCUUGGCCGACAGUUACAGAAUCACACUGACGGAAAUCUGAGGACGGGUGGUGGACCAUGGCCAGUGGGUUGACUGCACGUUUCCCAGGAGGGGGCAAUAGCGUGAAGGCAGUCACGGGACGUAAUGGUGCAGAUUGGCCCUGUUCUGUAAAUACAGCCUGGACCAAGGCUGUCACUGGUGUAUGCUACAGCGUCCCUAUCAUGCAAAGUAGGGGGGGAGUGAGACACGUUCUGAUUUAGGCCUGUCACUCUGGAUGUAGAACUCUCCUUGGACUGCUAGGAGUUUUGGGUGAGAGGUCAUUGUUGCAACAAUGUGUCACGUUACAGAUCCAGGGAAAGGUUCUGAUAAGUGGAAUGCUAUUUCAAGCGAGGUCUCCCAAAUUUUCAUGUUCCUUCACUAUGUAGUUAGUCUACACUGCCCCCUACAGGCCGAGAGAGGUAUGUCAUGACAACAAUGAGCUUCUUUCAUGAGGCUGCUUGUCAGUCUUGCAGAUGAACCCCUUUGCCAUUGUUCACUGUACACCAAUGGCUCUAGAGCCAAUCUACUAAAGAACCACAGCAUUUAUUAAUGGUGUGUCCUGGCAGUAAUUUUGAUAGUGAUGCUUAUGGAGCCAGGUCACUUCAUGCAUGGAUUUGUCAUGGUGCACAUAUCCACUUACCUGCGUCCACCUGAAAACAAGUCUUGUGACGUUUUGCAACAGACGCCGGGACAACCACUGUGCGGAGCUUGAAACUUCGGUCAUCUGCACCAUGAACUAAAGGUCGUUUAGUUUCUCUCCACUACAGCACUUAGCUUUGCCAGGCCAAAAAUAAUUUGCAUUCCUGUGUUUACGCAUCUAUAAUUUGCUACCAGGGUUCUGUUCCUAAUAAUGUAGCUUUUUUUUUAUUAUUAUUGUGAAAAACAUACGUGUAGCGACCAAAGUCCUUUAGACCAUUUUAAGGAGGGGAAGUAUUGCGAUGAAUCACUCUGUGAAAUUCAAACCGUGAAUCACUCUGUGAAAUUUAAGUCUGGAUCUGGAGUAGGCAGUCUUACCCAGAAAGGACUGCUGGGCCUGUGGGUUUUAACUGCAGCUCGCUAAUUAGAUUACUAAUUAGAGGACUGAUCGGCUGAAGAGUCCUCACACCUGGGUUUGAACAGCUGACCUAAACGUCACCCCAAAAACCUGCAUACACACCGGCCCUUAGCGGAUAAGAUUGGCCACGCCUGGUCUAGAGAAACGAGCACUGUGAAUUUGAUACAUGUAAAUAUAAUAUUAAACCAUUUUCCAUAAAAAGAAAUUGCUGAAAUGUCUGGAAAGAAAUCCUGUAUGCCUUUGUACAAAAUUUUAUUGUAGGUGUUUUUGAAUAUAUAAUUUUGUACAUAUCAGCUGUUUUUUGAAUAAACCGCAGCGUAAAUGAAGCACUGUGA